AUGGGGGCCAACUGUUGCAUUGCAACGAAGGACAAAACGCAGCUUCAGAGAACCAAUACACAGUUUUCUACACAUAGGAAUGCUACAUACUCUCCGUCAUGGAGCUUACGCUGGGACAAUCGGACACAUAUAGAGGACGUUGCAGCCAGUUCUGCAAGUUUUCCUCAUGGUAAUAAUAGGCGUGUUGGCCGAGAAAGGAAGAGAUUUAUGGAUGCAGGAACAGACGGCCUUUCAGAUGGAGGAACUGGUGUGGACCCGUCUGAAACUCCCAACUGGGAAAAUACCCAAAUGUAUAGGGGAAAUGGUGGAAAUCAGAAAGGCAGAGAGGAAGGUAUGUGCGGGUCGCUAUUGACCAAUAGCGUCCUUUUUAUUUCUGUAGCCCUUUCGCAGAUUAUUCAUUUGGUCCUUUCAUCUGUAAAUUUGUCACUGGAUUACUUCUCUGAAUAACGUUGCUUUUUUUUUUUCUGAAAAUUGUCAGUUUUAUUGAAUGCAACAGCUUCAGCGAAAAAAAUCAUUCUUGGUUGUUCUCUUUUAAUCAUGUUAUUUCAUCAGGCUGAGUAGGUUAUUAGUAUCCGUGAACGUCUUUGCUUCUCACAAGGGAUCAAAUCUCAAGUCCCAGAAGACUCUACAUGCAUCUGGAUUCUCCCAAUCUGUGGCAUGAAGUUGAAAAAGUACUAUCACCUAGUAUGUUUGUACACAGUUUUUAGUCACCAGAUGUAUACCGUAGUGUGCAGCUGCUGUCUUUUGUGGAACAAAGACAACUAAUCUGUGAUAUCACUUUCUGCAUCAUGACUAGAUAAUAUGUCAUGAUUGCUAUAGGGUUGGUCAGGUGCUCCAAAUGACGAAAAUUAAGGUCCUGUGCAGUUUUCCAAAUCUUGAUGCCUUAUUUUAUAUUUUGAUUAGCAGUCAGUGAGAAGAAUUCUUCUGUCGGACUGCCGUUUUUCCAUGUGUCUGGGCGACAUAGUGAGCAACAAGCAUACCCUUCCUAUUGAUAUGGUUACCACUCUAUAUUGUCCUGAAUGGAAUAUUGUUUCUCCUUAGUUAUGUGUGAGACACUACGUUUGGUCUUUGACAUUUCCAAAAUCGGGGCUCUCUUUUUUGGAUCAUGAAUGAUUUGACCUUCUUCUCUCCUCACUGCGUUAGGGUGAUGCAUAGGUCCUAGUUGGGUCUCAAAUAGUGGGUAUAUCUCGGAAUGCCUUUGCGUAUUUCAUCAAUCAUUCGACAGGACAUGAACUCUGAAAUCAGUAGUUGAAGUUUCCCUUGUAGGCGAUAAUCGAGGGAUACCAGUGUAUACAGAUGGAGUUAGUUCACUCUUCAGCAUUGAAUCUCUUCGAUUUAUCCGUUCUCUCGUUCGGACCAUAUUUGGUAUGUUUUACUGACUUGUUUACUGAUGUUCUAGAUCUAGUAUUAUCCCAAAAAAUCUUCAUUUUUGCCGUUUGAGGAAAUUACAUGAUGGGUUAUAAAGGAUUCGAUCCUUCAUUAUAUGGACAACACUUUUCGGUGAUGGAACCAAAUAUUUUCCCCUGAGAAAAUGCAAAAGAAAUUUAUGCUCGAGAUUGAAGGCAAACAGAGUAUCUAAACUUCAUGAUCUUUUUUUCCCUGUGGGAGUAACAUCGAAUUUCACCCAAAAUUGCUCAUGGGGCGAGUCUAAGGAUGCAGAUUGCUUCAAUGGAAUACAUAAAUUAGAAAGCCCCGCUGUUUCUUUCCCAAAAUAUCAGAUUUGGAGCAUUGUGCUGAACUCUUACGAUUAUAUAAAUAUUUCCUAUUUUCACUUCGAUUAACUGUCUAGUUCUUUAGGAAACAUUGUAGGAUUACUGUCUUUUGUCUUUAUCCAAAGCAUGCGAUGAAAUUUAGAUGGAAGUUUAUAUUUCAUCUUUUAUAUCCUUUCUUACCCUUUGUUCUGACUGUCCAAGGCUAGUUGUCCUCUUUUCCUCUUUGUAUGAAUCAGUGUACAUCGUCAUUUCUAAUUUAUGGUGCAUCUACGCUUAAUAUUUGCACUCUGCAGUACACCAAUUCUUUCUUUAUCUGAUGUUUUUUUGAUUUCCUCUUGUUCUUUUGCUUCUAGCAGAUCCAUCUGUCAGCGGUAGUUCCUCAUCUGAGGUAAGCUAGAUCAAGUUGCUGAGGACAUUCGAGUCUACACACACUAAAAAUACGCCGUUGACUUGAUGUAUUUCUUCUCAUAACCUUGCGCAGGGGAGGCACCCGAGGGCCUCAGACUCCGUGAGAGAAGAGCCCUCGACUUCUAGGAGCCACUCCCUCCCCGCCGACCCAAGUUCCUCCAUAAAUCUUCACCUGUCCCCUGGUUACCAUCUCCCGGGACAAAUCUCCGACGGCUAUCUCUCGAUCUUCAGACCCUCAAACGAAGACAACUCAGUCGAAGAAAGGCACUCACUCGUCCCUUCGAUCUGCAGCAACGACCUCUCCCAUGGCGGGUCCUCCGACGGCUGGUCCAUGCGGAUGUUCUCGGAGCUCGUCGCCUCAUCUCGAAGAGAGAGAUGGUCCUUCGACAGUGAGAGCAUCUCUUCCAGUCACAGCAAAUUAACCAGCUCUCCCUCCCCAGCAGAUCCCCACACAUGCGGCAUCUGCUCCAGAUUACUGAAAGAGAGGUGCCCUUGGGGCGGCCGGAAGAUAGUCUCCAACAGCGCGGCAUCGUCAUCUACAGUUGCUGUUCUUGUCUGUGGGCAUGCUUAUCAUGCAGAAUGCUUGGAGAAUUUGACGGCCGAUGCCGCAAAGUACGAUCCACCCUGCCCGAUCUGCAUCGGCUUCGAGAAGUCGCCCUCCAUGAAGAUGAGGAACAGGGUAUCGAGGAGCGCAGUGGCCGAUCUUCACCAUUACGACGGGGUCUUCCUCACCGAGCGAGAAAAGUUCCCAAAAAGGGAAGGGAAGGCCCCUGCUCUGGGUUCCAGCUCAGGUUUUAAGAGCUUCAGAAGGCCUUUCCUAAAGCGGCAUUUCUCCAUCGGUUCUCGACCCGCAGAGCCCGCUGCGUCGGAGAUCGAGCAGACGAGGAAGAAGGGCUUCUGGGGGAGGUACCGCGAGGAGUAA